AUGACAACAAUGAAAGCGAUCGUGAUCUCCAAAUUCGGCGGCCCCGACGUCCUCACCAUCCAGGAUGUGCCGAAACCGACCGCCAAAGAAGGUCAAGUGAUCAUAAAAAUUAAAGCCUUUGGAAUCAACCACGCAGAGAUGUACAUGCGGCAAGGCGACUGGGCCGAAUGGAUGCCCAUCAGCGGCAUCGAGUGCGUUGGCGUCGUCGACUCGUGCCCGGGCGGCGAGUUGGCAGUAGGCACGCCCGUCGCGAGUCUAAUGGGCGGGCUUGGCCGCACGAUCAAUGGGAGUUAUGCCGAGUAUACGUGCGCGAAUGUGUCGACUGUUGUUCCGCUGGGGGAGUCCGGGCUGAGUUGGGCGCAACUUGCUGCGAUCCCGGAGACGUAUGCGACGGCGUGGACGUGUUUGUUUGGGAAUCUGGAUCUGAGGAGUGGGCAGAAGUUGUUGAUUCGUGGGGCAACGUCUGCGCUGGGUCAGGCGGCGCUAAAUCUGGCCGUUGUCAAGGGGGUACGUGUUGUUGCGACGACCAGGAAGGAGAGUCGCUUUGCGCAUCUGAAGGAGCUUGGUGCCGAGCGGGCAGAACUCGAGGGGCCGAACUUGUCUGAACGUGUGACGGAGAAGUUCGACGCUGUUCUCGAGCUCAUUGGAAACAGUACAAUCCUUGACUCCCUGAAAAUGCUCCGUCGCGGUGGUAAAAUGUGCCUCGCGGGGUUCCUGGGUGGAUUGGCUCCAGUUCAGGACUUUAAUCCGCUUCUGCAGAUGGCGAGCGGAGUGCACUUUAGCUUCUUUGGGAGUUUCGUUUUUGGACAGCCGGAGUUCCCGCUGUCGGAUGUGCCCAUGGACAAGAUUGUGAAGAUGGUUGCGGAUGGGAAGUUCAAGGCGCAGCCCUCACGGGUCUUCCAGUUUGAGGAGAUUCGCGAGGCGCAUCGGGUGAUGGAGGCGAGUGAGGCGAUUGGGAAGAUGGUUGUUGUUGUUGAUCAUUAG